AUGUCAAAAGAAACUAUACAUCAAGCGGUCUUGUCAGGAGAGCUACCGCACAAACCUUCCGCUAAUUCAAGUAACGGGAAGAAAACGAAACAAAAAAAGUCUUCAAGGAUUUGGAAAAAGAAGGACCUGGCUAUUGAGGAUUGCAGCUGGAAAGUCAAACUGUCAGAACCGCCCGAAGAUGUGCUCAGUCCAUUUGAGUGCUUUUCUAUGUUUUUUGACAAUGAAAUGAUAGACGCGCUUCACUAUCAAACAAAUCUGUAUUCGACACAAAGAAAUGGCAACUGCAUCAGUGUGACACAUGAAGAGAUGCGAAAGUAUCUGUCAAUCUUGGUCAUCUCGGGAAUAGUCCGCAUGCCACAUUUCCGGAUGUUCUGGCAUUCUGGAACGCGUUUUGCGCCGGUAGCGGAUGUGAUGUCGAACCGAUUCGAGGCAAUUCAUCAGUGCCUCUACAUGAAUGACAACCUCCAGGCGCUGCCGCAGGGCACAGACGGUUACGACCGCCUUUUCAAAGUGCGCCCGCUACUCGAUGAGCUGAGAAAAAACAUGAGCAAGGUGGCCCCAGAUGAACGACAAAGUAUUGAUGAGCAGAUCAUCCCCUUCAAGGGGAGAUCGCACCUCAAGCAAUAUCUCAAGUCAAAACCCCACAAGUGGGGAUACAAAGUAUUCACGAGAGAGAGUUUUUCUGGAAUGAUGCACGACUUCAUAAUCUACGAAGGAAAAGGAACGGCUUCGGAUAAUGGGUUCGGCAUCUCGGGGGAUAUUGUCAUCGAUCUGGUGAAAACUUUGCCACAACACGUAAACCAAAAGUUGUUCUUUGACAAUUGGUUUACCAGUCUUCGCCUCGUCGAUGAACUGAAGAUUAAAGGGUUCCAUUGCAUAGGGACCGUGAGAGCAGACCGAACAGAAAAAUGUCCUCUUUCUUCUGACGCCGCCCUGAAAGCGCAGGAAAAAGAGGCUCCGUGGACUUCCAAAUGA